ACUGCAAAUUUUCAAACCCCUGCGACUACUGUGGUUGGUGACAUCAACCACUGCGGGAGGCGGGGCGUGCUACGGCACCUGCCUCGCUCGGUCGCAGUUAACGGCCUUGAAGCAUCAUUCACGGGGUGAGAACCCCAGCUAGGAGUUGACGAGAUCGCUUCUCAACACACCUCUCGGCGGAGAGAGCGCGCCACGGGCAGCAAAGAGGUGUUGGAGAGGGGACAGAGGAGGCAAUUGAAGCUACAGCACCAUGAUACUUGACGCUGGAGUCGUGGUGGGGACAUGCGCCCUUGUGGUGCUUGUGUGGAACCUCGGACGCAUGAAUAACGUCAUGAAGGAGUUGGAAAACCAGUGCUGUGAAGAAGAACGUACCCCCGACACCUUCGAUAUUGAAGCUAAGGGGGGCGGGGAGCUUGUUCUCGUCAAAGACGAAGAAGAUGAUGGGCAAACGACGGAAGAAGCGGAAGAACGCUCGCCGACACCAACCAGACAGGACGUGGCGAUGCUCAAGGCGGCCAUGCGCCGCGAGCACUUGCAGCGCAUGGUGCCAGGUACCCUGACCCCUGACCCGUGGCGAAGCAUCUUCUACGGACGAGGCCGCCCGACAGACGUCGGUCCUUGCAGAAGCCUCUCCAGCAGCGGUCAUAGUAUGGCCGGGUAGGAUGAAGUCAUUGACGAGGUAAUGGUGUGGGUUGUUCUGACGGACCGUUGUAUGCCCCAACGGCAGGAUUGAGGAGUGGGGAAGGACAAGCUGAUUGGACGAAGAGAGAGAGAGGGGGAGGUGAAAUGUGGGGAUGGUUCUUUGGCUCAUGCGUCGAGCGAGGUACCGUCAUCAUCGUGGUGUACGGUUUUCACCAUGGCAUGUGAGAAUCUGUGUGAAUAAGUUGUGAAGGGUUCAAGUUGAAGCAACAGCGGACGAGGGCUUGUACUAUAGCUGUAGCAAUACUUGUCGGGGACUUGUGAUCUAUCAAUCAAGCGUUUGUCUGUACCAACACUCUCGGCGGACUCCUACUGUUACCGAAACUACUGCAUCGUAAUAUAGUGAACUUGUGGUACGAGGCUCCAGCCCUUGGUGUAAAUGCAGGUGUGCUCGAGUCUGUCUCCCUUGGGAGGGCUCGCGUGAGAAAAGUUUGGAAAAGUUUAUCAUCCAUCUCGCGGGACGCUUUCGGUUCCAUUUUUCGUAUUCCGUCGAAACUUGGACUCCUUAAUGCGUCAGGCGGCUUAGGCUGCGGAAAGGGAGCCUGUCGGCAAGAAACGGCCAUUGUGAUUUGUAAAGUACUGAUGUGAAUAUGUUUCUGUUAUUGUUGAUGUUGUUCUGUGCCCAAGCGUCGUCGCCUCUAGAGUAGACAAGAGGGCGGCUGGUUCAUGCCGAGGAGGGAUUUCCCCUCCAGUGACAGGUUCCGAGUGAUUGGCUGCAUAUGGGAUGGCCCAGCCAGUGUUUUGGGUUUUAACUUUCGCGGCAGAGGCCCUCCGCGCUGGUGAGAGCCAAUUGCAGGUAGCGUGGAUGCUAUGAGUGCAGCAGUCUGUCAUUACUUCCAAUGUGUACAUUUUUGUAUAUAUAUUCACGGUAGCCACCGGACUCUACCGCAGAAAGCUUAAGUCAGCACGCGCCGAAGAGACUGAAUUGUCCCUAAGGGACAAGAGGGAGAGCUGCCCAGCAACGUGCCCGGCGGAUAUCUGUUGGCUGGUUCGUGGUGAUGUUCAGAAGAAGCAAGCAAGUGUUUAUAUCAU